UUUCCAGUGGGAACUGAGCCUGCUCGCUCACCGUCGACAGUUUGAAGAAACUUUAUUGGUAGCGGUCCUUGGCGUAACAUGUCAAACAUGGGGGCACGGGUAGCACGUAUGUUCAGAAAUUUCAACCUAGAAAACCGGGUACACCGAGAAAUCUCCAAGGAAAAGCCGCGAGUAGCACCCCGACACGGGACCAGCCUCCCGCCCUCCGCCGCCAGCUCUGACGUCGUGGAGACAGCGGAGACCGUGGACCGGAGGAACGAGCGUCUGCUGACCCUGCUCAGGGCCGUGUAUGUGGAGUCUACAGACCCGGCAGCAGCAGAGGCGCCAAAGGAAGUGGCGGCGGAAAAAGCGGCGGAGCGGCGGCCGCUGAGGUUCAGUUUACCGGGGGACGUGUACGGCCUGGUGGAGCUCCCAGAUGUUCCUAAAGGCAAACUGACCAUCGCUGAGGCUCUGAAGGCCCUGAGCAGCCACCACCGUCAGCCCCAGACAUGGACGCCGGGAAAGAUCGCUCAGGAAUAUUCUCUGGACUUGAAGGACACAAAAGCUCUUCUAGAGUUCUUCAUCCCCUUCCAGGUUCAGAUCAUACCCCCCAAGUCUGAAAAUGCCAAGCAGAUCAAGGCUUCUUAGGACUGCAUUGUAGGAGAAUGGUAGACAAUCGACAAAAUAUGGCUCACUCCACUUAUUUAUGUACAUAAAUUCAUUGCAUUGGGAGAGUCACUCAAGUUUCUCGAGCCUGGGGUCUGGACCCAAUGCGGGAUUUCUAAAUACGUAGAUGGAAUCAUGGGAUGGGUCUAAGUUGUAUUGAUAUAUAGCCAAUCUCUGAACCCGUCAGCUAUCGGUCAAAUGAUGAUUCAGCCUCUGGGGGCAACAGCCAAUAUUUCUGGUGUUGCGGUGCAGCCAGCGGAUACCCGGGCCCAGCUAGAGCUACAGCUGGGCCAUAUGGAGAAAAUCAAAUAUCACAAUAUGUUUGACCAAACACAUCAAUGUCAAUAUUGCGGCGAUAUUGUAGGGUUGACUAUAAGUGCUUUCACAAGAUAUUAACACAAUAAGAGUUUUGAUAAAU